GAUUUUUGUCCCUUGGCAGCGUCCGUUCGGUGACGUAAUACAUAAACAAGAUGGCUACUUCCACAGGCAUUAGCAAAGGUGUUGCGCUUAAUAAGGCAGAUUACCUUAAAAGGUAUUUAUCAAGUGAUGAAGCUGGUAAGAAGUCUAAAGAAAAGAAGAUUAAGAAGAAACGGCCGAAACCCACGGGGAGAGGGAUGAAAAUUGUGGAUGAUGACAUUGAUUGGAGGCAACUUGCUGCAAAUAACGAUGAAGAAAAGAAAGACGAAGACGAAGAUGAUGAGGCGCCUGUGAUUGCAGACGUGAUAGAUGAACGCCCAGAUGAGAUCAAGCAGCUCGAGAUAUUUCGAACCAGCAAGUGGAAAGUGUUGGGCGCAACAGAGCAAGAUCUCCAAGAAACUCAGGACCCCACAUUAGAUCGAAGCUCAGACACUGAUAGAGGUCGUACAGUGCGACAUGACUCACCGGAGAGUUCUCCUGUACAGAAGGUGCGGCACGAUUCCCCUGACCUCUCGCACAAGAGGGCUCGGCACGACUCGCCAGAUCUCUCACCUCUGAGAAGAGGUCGGCAUGACUCGGCAGACCUUUCACCUCAGAGCCACAGAACUGAGAACAAAAACAGAUGGCAUGACUCCUCAUCACCUUCACCUCCAAGGAAGAGCCAGACAAGCUCACCCUCCAGAACUCAAAGGCAGCAUGAUAAAGAGUCCCCACACAGAAAAAAGACAAAAGCUGCUGCUUCAGGUGACCUUUUGCCACCCAGGAGACGAGCCCGGACAGGCAAAGGCUCAGACUCCGAUCAGUCCCCACCUCGCAGACGUCCUCAUGGGAGACGGGGCUCGGAUUCUGAUCAGUCUCCACCCAGAAAAAGAGGUGGAAGAGGUUCAGAUUCGGAUCUCUCUCCUCCCAGGAAGAGGGCACAAGGAGGACGUGGAUCGGACUCAGACCUGUCUCCACCACGGAGAAGACGCUCUCCUGAUGGACCUUCAGCCCCUCGAAUGCUAUCUGGUGGAGCAGCGGGGCUCGUGUCUGUCGACAUUUUGAGGAAAGAACAGGAAGAAAUUCGCAGAAAGGAAAAACGCAAUCAGCCUCUCGAAGAGGCAUCCAGAAAUGCGGAGACGAUAUUUCGAGACAAGUCAGGUAGGAGACGUGACCUGGAGUCGGAGAGAGUCGAGCUUAGCAAAAAAGCUGGAGAAAAGGCAGAGAAGGAUGAAAAAUAUGCCCAAUGGGGAAAAGGGCUUGUUCAGGGUGAAAUGCAGCAGCAGAAUUUAACCGACGCCAUGCGGGAGGCUCAGAAGCCGCUAGCAAGACACAUUGAUGAUGAAGACCUCGAUCGGAUGCUGAGGGAGCAAGAAAGGGACGGAGACCCGAUGGCAGCUAUGCUUCGCAAAAAGAAGGACAAAAAUGCUAAAUUAAAAGGAAGCAAUGAAAAACCUCGUUACAAAGGUCCGCCUCCACCUCCAAAUCGUUUUAACCUCAUGCCAGGGUAUCGCUGGGAUGGAGUUGACAGGUCCAACGGUUUUGAGCAGAAGCGGUACUCUAGGAUGGCAGAUAAGAAAGCUGUCCAAGAGAUGGCGUACAAAUGGAGUGUGGAAGACAUGUAGAUGUCGAUGUAGAUACAGACACAACUUCCUUGUGUGCUAUCAUGAAUCAGGACUUUUGAUCGAAAAGCAAGACAUUUUGUGUGCAGUUAUCAGCCCUACUGUGUACAAGAAACAUACGUUCCUUAUUAAAUGCUACUUUUUUAAUAAA